UUUUUCUCUCUCUCUCUUUUUUUUUGUCUUUACUUUUCUUUUUUUGUUUCUUUCUUAAUAUUAUAGAGCACACAUAUAACCAUACGUACAACAACAAAUUAAAAAAAAAGCAAGAUGCGUCUUUCAACUGUAUUAUUAUCAACAACUUUAUUUUUAAUUUCAAGCACAUCGGCAGCAAAGCUUGAAAAAAGAUGUUCUUUAAGAAGAGAGCCCAUGACAGUUGAAAAUGGUGUGUACGUUGCAAAAGUGAAAGUUGGUACACCUGCACAAACUUUCCCGGUCGUUUUUGAUACCAGCAAUUCCUUGACUUGGGUUCCAUCCACUGAGUGCCAUACACCAGAAUGUCGUCAGCAAUCGAAUCUUUUCAAUGCUAAUGCUUCUUCUACUGCUGUCAACCUUCACAAGAAAGUGUCCAUCAAAUAUGAUGAAGGUGUCUGUAUUGAUGCUAGAUUGUAUAGAGAUACUGUUUCUGUUGCUGGUCUUGCUGUUGGCAGCCAAUUGAUUGGUAGUGCUUAUAGCGUCAAAGGGCUUGGUGGCGAAGAUUAUCUUGGUUCUCUUGGUCUAGGUGGUUUCAAUGCUGAUGGAAGCACAAACUACUUGACAUCAAACUCAGCCUCAUCAUAUUCCAAGCGUCAAGCUGUCAGUAGUGGUGGAUUUGCUCAAAAUGGUUUCCAAAGUGCUUAUGGUCAAUCUUCUCAACAAUUCGGUAUGGUCGCCAGUGGCUCUAGUGGUUUCUACCAAAAGAGAAGCAACGGCAAGAAAGAUGCUGAGUUCAUCUUUGGCGGUGUUGAUCAUGAUGUCUACAAGGGCGAAAUUGCUUACUUUAAAUUGCCCACUUGCGACUAUGGUGAUUCUCCUUACUGGAAGACUGAAAUUAAGUGUGUCAAAUUGGGCGACAAGAUUGAUAUCAAAUUGGCCAAGAAGACAUUGGCUUCCUUGAGCACUGGUUCUGACCGUAUCUUGGCCCCUACCAAACAAGCCGAUCUUUUGCAUGCUGCUAUUGACGCCAAGUACGACUCAGAUGACGAUGUGUACCGUUUAGAUUGCUGCGACGAUCUUGACAAGUACCCUACUUUUGAAAUUGAUUUCAAGGGCUACCGUGUCUCUUUGCCUCCCAAGCUCUACAUUCGACAAGACGAAGACGCAAAGACCUGUCAUACUCUCAUUGGUCGCAACACCAAGGACGACAAGAAUUGGGUCUUGGGUGGUGCUUUCCUUCAUAACUUUUAUCAUAUUUACGAUCUUAGUAAUCUUCAAGUUGGUCUUGCUAUUCCCAAGGGUGACUGUGAUGCCAAGAUCAAGAAGCUUUAAAUUAUAUAAUCUCCUGUGUACAUCUUUUUUCCUUUAAACUCUUGUAUUCUUUAAAUAAACAAAAAAAAAAAAAUAACAUAUAAACGA